ACUAGCUAUCCAAAAAUCAACGUCGGGUACCUCGCGGCUUUUAAAUGGUUUUCCUGUCUAUUGAAAAUUUUCAUCAGAAAAUCUCAAAACGCAUAUCUUCCGGCUUCCGUUUCCUAUUGUCCCAGGUCCCAAGCCCAGAACAGUGAGACUUCACCAGAAAGACCAACCCCAUUGAUUUCCUCUAACAAAGCCUUUGUCUUUUCUCCCAACUGUUUCUGUUGAUAGAAUGUCUUCUGAGGAUCAAAAGCCGAUAAAGAAAGCCAAACUGGAGCUAGACGAAUCGGAUGACGGAAUCAGCCUUGGUGCCCUUUUACAGGAAAAGAGGAAGAAACACUUUAAUGUGGCUUCUAAACUUCUCUCCAAACCGAAGAAGGAAGAACUUCAGGGAGUAGAUGGGUCGGGAAAAUCUCCCAAAUUAGAUUCUGGGUCUGCUUCCAAGGGCUCCAAGCUUAAGAAAGAAGAGCGUUUCAACUUCCUUGACGAUGAUUUUGACGAAAAGCCUGCCAAAAAGAUCUCUGCUACGAAACGUGAUAUGGAAUUGAAGAAGAAGAAGAAAGUGAAGGAGGAGGAGAAGAGUAAGAGCUCCAAGAAGGAGUUGAAGAGCCUGAAAAAAGAGACAAAGCAAAAGAAGGUAUAUGAUUUGCCUGGUCAGAAGCGUGAUCCUCCAGAAGAGAGAGACCCUCUGAGGAUCUUCUAUGAAACCCUCCAUAAUCAAAUUCCCCAUAGUGAAAUGGCACAGUUUUGGAUGAUGGAGUCUGGUUUGUUAUCCAAAGAAGAAGCAAAGAAAGUCUUUGAAAAGAAGCAGAAGAAGGCACCAUUGCAAAAAUUGAGCUCCCCAUUGAAGACUGUGAGUGCUGUAAAGAGCGUCACGAAGACUGCCAUUGUCAAGAAAACUGUCCAAUCUUCUUCGGUUUCUUCAGAUAAAACGACGAAAGUGGACUCCAAAGUCAUGACAAAACUGUCGAAGAAGCGCAAGUCGAAAGAUGAAAGUUCUGAAGAUGAUUCAGACGACGACUUUAUAAUCAGUCGAAGCAUAAAAAAGAAGCCCAGAGCAGCCUAAUGCAUAUGUAAAUGAACAAUCCCUUCUAUUCAGAAACUGAUUUUAAAUUUCUGAUUAGUUGUUCCAAAACAUUGCAUCGACGUUUUAAUGAUAUUGACACUUAUUUGGCCAUUUUUCUCCCA